AUGAAUGUAUUUAAAAGAAAAACUAUCCGAUUAGUAUCCUUGUACAUCCUAUUAGUGAACACCUUAAAUCUGAAUGCAUCUCGACAAGUGAAGUAUGAUGAUGACGAUGAAAUCAUGGAUAUUGGUGUUCGUUUAACAAAGGAAAAUCAUGAUUCACUAAUAGCUGAUCUAAUUGCUGAGGAAAAGGAGGUUUUGAAUGCUGGUCUUAUCGACGGUAUCGAUUUAUAUCAUUUUCAUAUUCGUCGAAAACGAAACCAUCGAUCUAAACGUUCAACAGAUGAAACUGUUGAAGAUUUAAAACAAGAUGAACGAGUUGCAUUUGUUACAGUUGGUACGCCAUUAGAGAGGCAAAAACGUGAAUUUUUAGCUGAUGAUGAAUUGAUAGAUCAUUUUUAUCAGCAUAAGCAGAGAAACUUUAAUCGAAAAUCAUUUUCUUAUGAUGAAAUAAAUAGUACUAAUUUAAAAAUGGUAUUUGAUGAUAAAUUAUAUUCUAAACAAUGGUAUUUGGAAAACGAAGGUCAACUGAAUACACCACCAAAUCACGAUAUUAAUAUGGCACCGGCUUGGCUUGCUGGAUAUUCUGGUAAAAAUGUAACUAUUUGUAUUGUGGACGACGGUCUUGAUCAUCCACAUCCAGAAUUAGUUGAUCAUUAUCAACCACAGUACAGUUAUGAUUUAAAUGAUCUUAAUGAUCCUAAACAUGAUCCACUUCCGCGAACAUAUGAUAGUGAGAAUAGUCAUGGAACUCGAUGUGCUGGAGCAGCAGCUGGCAAAGCAAAUAAUGAACUUUGUGGAGUUGGUGUUGCUUUUAAUUCAUACAUAUCUGGUAUUCGACUACUUGAUGGACGUAUUACAACAUUACUUGAAGCUCGUGCGUUAACAUUAUUUGCUGAAAAUAUACACAUAAAAAGUGCUUCGUGGGGGCCAACUGACGAUGGAACUAGAAUGGAAGCACCUGGCUCAUUGGUUAGAGGAGCAUUGGACUAUAGUGUUACGAGUGGACGCUAUGGGAAAGGCACAAUAUUUGUAUGGGCAUCGGGUAAUGGUGGUGGAGUUGAUGAUGAUUGUGGAGCUGAUGGCUAUGUUUCUCAUCAAAAUGUUAUAUCAAUAGGCUCCGUUAAUCAUUUAGGUGAAACACCAUAUUUCAGUGAAUAUUGUCCAUCAACAAUGGCUGUUGCUUAUACCGGUGGUCGACAUUCAAAAUCAGCCGAAGAAACCGUUUUGCCAAUAGGCAUUGUUGCAGCUGAUGUAGGUGGGAAAUGUACCACAAGUUUUUUUGGAACAUCUGGUGCUGCACCAGUUGCAGCCGGUGCAUUUGCAUUGGUAUUAGAAGCUAAUCCUGAACUAGGUUAUCGCGAUGUUAUGCAUAUUGUUGCUCGAACAGCUCGAAUUCCAAGUUUAACACAAACCAAUGGUUGGAUUAUAAAUGGAGCUGGUUUUCAUGUAAGUGAUAGAUUUGGUUUUGGUGUGAUAGAUGUUGCACAAAUGAUAGCUUUAUCACAAAGUUGGACUAAUGUACAACAGCGAUAUGAAUGUUAUCAUGAAUAUCAAGGUGGCAGUCAACCAUUAGGUAUUGGUAAAACUCUUGAAUUAUCUAUCAAUGUUAAAACAUGUGAAAAUAUAACAAGCAUUGAACACGUAAUAGCUAAUAUUUCCUACAGUUUUCAUCGUCGUGGUGAUGUUAAAAUUACAAUUAUUUCGCCAAGUCAAACACCAUCAGAAGUACUCUCGUAUCGUGAUGCAGAUUUUACCGAUGAAGGUAUAAAACAUUUUCCAUUUAUGUCACUUCAUCAUUGGGGUGAAUCACCAACUGGUUCUUGGAAAUUACGUAUAGAAACACGUCCACCUCAAACGGAAGAAGCCAGACAAUCUGCUUUUGAAUAUGGAGAUAAAGGUCAAUUGGAUCAUUUUGGUUUACUUAUUUAUGGUUCAAAUAGUCCUGAUCAGAUGAACUCAGAUGGAGAAACAAUGCAAGGUCGAAAACUAGCUUUUGCUCCAACGCAAGAUGAAAUCGAAGUGAUGUAUAAACGUGAAUUAGCUGUACGUCAGUCACCCAACAUCAUCCAAAAGCGUAAUUAUCAAAAUUUACUUCAACAAAGAAAAGAUCGAAAACAAAUUGACAAUACAGACCGAGAAGACAAUACCAUUUUUGAAUUAUUCCGUAAAAGGUUUGGUUUUUAA